GAUAUGUUCAGAUUUAAACUAUAAGAUUAGACAUGUCGACUGAAGUACGGGAUGAAGUUGAUAUUGAUGAAAUUGAACUUCUUACAAAUGUUGAUUUCCCUCAAAUAUUUGAUAGUGAUGAUGAUGCUUAUAAUUUUUACUCUUCGUUUGCACAAAGAAUUGGUUUCUCAAUUAGACGUCAUCACGUUUAUAGAAACACUACUGAUGAGGGAAAUCCACAAACAGUUUACAAAAGAGAGUUCGUUUGCCAUCGAUCCGGGGUUUCUAAACCAGUCAAAGUUAAUGAACUGGAAAGUCAAAGGAAACGGAAAGCUUCAAGGUGUAGUUGUAGUGCGAGAUUGGUGGUUGCUAAAGAGACAAUUGGAUCGGAAGAAAAAUGGGUGGUAAUAUAUUUCAACAAUGUCCACAACCAUGAUUUGUUAGAUGAGAAAGAGGUUCAAUUUCUCCCUGCUUAUCGUAACAUCCCGGUUGUUGACCAAAACCGUAUACUAAUGAUGCAUAAAGCUGGUUGUUCCAUUAAUGUCACAAUGAGAUUGCUUGAAUUAGAGAAAGGAAUAGAUGUAGGUAGUCUACCAUUUAUGGAUAAAGAUAUUAGGAAUUUCCUUCAAAACCAAAAUGGUAUUGACAAACAAAAUGAUGCUUUAGAUGUCUUGAAAUUGUGUAAAGGGUUGAAAGAGUUAGAUGAUGCCUUCCAAUAUGAUUACACAAUAGAUGAGAAUAAGAAGUUGGAACACAUUAUUUGGGCAUUUGGUGAUUCAAUCCGUGCAUAUGAAUCUUUCGGGGAUGUGGUUGUCUUUGAUACUACUUAUCGAAUAAAUCGUUAUGAUAUGCCACUUGGAAUAUGGCUUGGAGUUGACAAUCAUGGGAAUUCAGUUUUUUUUGGUUGUGUUCUAUUACGAAAUGAGAAGAUUUCUUCCUUCACAUGGGCUUUAAAGAAUUUCCUAGCUUUUGUCAAAGGAAAGAAUCCACAAACAAUUCUUACAGAUCAAGAUCCCUCGCUUAAAGAAGCCAUUGCAAAUGAAUUUCCGAACACAAAACAUGCCUUUUGCAUAUGGCACAUCUUGGCAAAGUUGCCAAGUUGGUUUUCGUUUGUAUUAGGUGCAAGAUAUAAUGACUUUAAAUCUGAGUUUUUCAAGGUGUACCAUUUAGAUUGUGAAGAUGAUUUUGAACAAUAUUGGAAAUCCAUGGUUGCACAAUUUGGUCUAAGUAACGAUAUACAUAUUAAAUUGUUGUAUUCUCUUCGCCAACGAUGGGCUCUACCUUAUUUGAAGGACUUUUUUUUUGCUGGGAUGACAACAACUGGACGUUCGGAAUCGAUAAAUUCAUAUAUAAAACACUUCUUGGAUGCCAAAACAAGUUUGACUGAUUUUAUUACUAGGGUUGGUGUUGCUGUCCAAAUUAGGAAUCAAGUUGGAGAGGAAGCAAGAAUGCGUCAAAAGUAUCAUAAUCAUCUACUUAAAACAAGUUUUCCAAUGGAGGAACAUGUUGCAUCUAUACUCACACCUUAUGCUUUUGGGUUGAUUCAAAUUGAGAUUGAGUUAUCUACAAAAUACGCUGCAACUGAAACAAACAGUGGCUCUUUUAUUGUGAAGCAUCACACCAAAGAUGAUGGAGGUCGUCUUGUAACUUGGAUAGAAGGUCAAGAAUCAAUUCGUUGCUCUUGUAAGGAAUUUGAGUUUUCUGGAAUAUUGUGCAGGCAUGCUAUUCGAGUGCUUCUAAUGAAAAAUUAUUUUCACAUACCUUCAAAGUAUCUUCCUUUUCGAUGGAGACGUGAAAGUUCAUUGAUCCCAAGAUCUAGGCACAUAGUAAACAACAAUGAUGUCUCCUCUUCUGAGUUUCAUUCUCUGAUUCAAUGUCUUGAAUAUGAAUCUUUAAAAACAAAAGAACGGAAACAAAUUGCUACUAAAGGGUUGGAGGAUCUUAUCCGAGAGAUAAAAGGAAUGUCCGAAAGUCAUGAAGAUCAAAUUGGUUUGGAAGUUGUUCCAAAUAAUGAUGAAUGUGAUGUUGGAAUUCCAGUUAGAACUAGAAGCAAAGGUCGACCAAAAGGUUCAAAGGCAAAAGUAGUAGUUGAAGUUGUUUCAAAUAAUGAUGAAUGUGAUGUUGGAAAUCCAGUUAGAACCAAAAGCAAAGGUCGACCAAAACGAUCAAGGCCAAAAGGAGGAGUUGAAGCUGCAACCAAGAUUCGCCAUUGUCUUUUUCCGAAUUGUGGUGCAACCGGCCAUGACACACGGAAUUGUCCAAACAAAAGGAAACAUAAUGACAUGUUGCCUAAUGAAUCACCUAAUGUGUUCAAAAAGGGCUGGAGAAAUUCAUCUAAUUAAUAGUCAAAAAAGGCUUCGAGGAUGUAAUGGAUAAAAGUGAUGAUAGUAAUUCAACAGAGAUGUGUUUCAUGUUUUCUGGUGUGGUUUUAGUAGUGGGAGUAGUAGCUAUAAUACAAUGAUAUAGUGUUGACUAUAUCAUUGGAUAAAAGUACUAAGUUGCUUUUCAUUAACUAGUCUUAUAGUUCUCUUUAAUUGAUGUAAUGAGAUGUUAAAGUUUGUUUUAUUGGUAUCAUAAUAUGUUCAAGUGUUAUUUUUUCAAUCGGCCGAAUAUAAAUAUGAUGUUAAUGUUUUGGUAUGCUGUUAAAUUUUGCAUAAUGCUAUGAAACCAUUUAACUGUAA